AUGACGGCAUCAUCGUCAAAGCAGAACUCGCCCAAGAAGAUUUCGAGAACACAAAAGCGUUUGACUCAGAGCCUCCCUCUGCAAGCACUAGCUGGAGAACCACCUUGUUUCGUCCAGGAAGCUUCUUUCGAAGGACCCUGUACUGAACGAUAUAUUGAAGCUGAUACUGCGAAUCGUGCGCAAAUCGUGGCUCUUGUGAAGCCUGAAGACCUACAAGUUGAAGGAGCAACAUCAUCUAACGAAAUAGGCUUGAGCUGCAUUUUUGAGAGAUCCUAUGAGAACAACGGUGCGCACCAUAUCGAAGGGGAUUCCGCAAGUUCAUCCACAAGUUGGAAUGAGUGCAAUAUCAAUGCCGAAUUCUCGAAGAAGAGCAGGUCCUCAAAAGUAAGUCGGAGGAUGAAGGAAGAUAAUCUGUACAGAAAUGCUGUAACGUCCAGCAGAGCCAGACAUGCACAGUCAGCUGGUCUGAAAAGUAACAACGGCAGCUCCGAUAACUCCUCCAUGAACCCUGAAAAUAAUGCAGAGAAGCACAGCAUAAUAAGGACCAGCGAAAAAACAUCAUUUGCUGAGCGAAACUCGAACAUUCUGUUGAAAAAGACUGCUAAUUAUCAAGAUCUUCUAGCAAUGGAAGAGCAGUACCGCACGGCCGCCAUCGAGGACGGGGAAAACUAUGCUGAGAAGAUUUUCGAGAAACAAACAAUUGAUCAAGUUGCUUUUAGCGAGCAGAAUUCAAGGGUUCGAUUGAGAAAAAGUGACACAAAUGAUGACAUUGAGAAACGUUUGAAUGCAAACCAGUCCGACCAAAUCACAUUUAGUGAGCACACGGCUAACGUACGCUUACAAACCUCUAGCGUAGAUCAAAACCAAGACAGCUGUGCCGAAGAAAUUCUGAGUCUGAAAACAGCUGAUCAAACGUUUCUCAGCGAACGCACCGUUAGGUCCUCGAGAUCAAAGAAAGUCGAGCAAACGGCAUUAUCUGAAUGUUGGUCGAAAAUCAAAUUGACUGAAUCUGGUCAGCAUCAUCAAAGCAGCAGCUCUGAAUUAUUCAGUGGUGACAAGAUAGUGAACCAGGCCACUUUUAGUGAACGCUCCUCGAAUUUUCGGCUUCUGAAGUCCAGCGACUCUGAAAACGUCAUCGAAAAGACCUUGAACGACAUUCAAUGCAGCAGGGCCACCCUAAGCGAGUACAGUUCCAGUGUAAAUCGAACCAGCUGUAAUGAGAAUUGCAAUGGAAAUGCCGAAGUGACUCUGCACGAGAAAGUAAAUGGACAAAUUACUUUUAGCGAACAGUCCCAAACAUCAGGGCAAAGGCAACACACAGGACCAGUUCAAAGCCGAGGUGUUUCUCAACAACAAGAUAGAAGACAGUAUGAGCUUUCACUGAAAGGACGCGAGGCGAGCGUCAGGGCGACAGUGCCGAAAAGACCAUCGGAGAAAAGUCGGAAGACAGCACGAGCUUCAGUGAGAGAUCUACGAAAGCCAAACUCAGCAAGAAGAGAGAACGAUCUGAUGGCAGUGUCAACAGGACUCUUGGUGAAAAGACAGAAAAAAGUACGAGCUUCAGUGAGGGAAGUGUGGGAGCUAUGCUCACAAAGGAAGGAGAACGUCAUGAAAAUGUCGUCGAAGGGACCAUUGGUGAAAAGGCAGAAGGCAGUACGAGCUUCAGUGAAAGAUCAGCCAAAGCUGAAGCUCACGAAGAAGGGAGAACCUCGUGAUGACGGUGUGGAGAAGACCAUUGGUGAAAAGGCAGAAGACAGUACGAGCUUCAGUGAAAGAUCAGCCAAAGCUAAGCUCACGAAGAAGGAACGUCGUGAUGACAGUGUGGAGAAGACCAUUGGUGAAAAGGCAGAAGACAGUACGAGCUUCAGUGAAAGAUCAGCCAAAGCUAAGCUCACGAAGAAGGAACGUCGUGAUGACAGUGUGGAGAAGACCAUUGGUGAAAAGGCAGAAGACAGUACGAGCUUCAGUGAAAUGUCUAGGAAAGCUAAACUUACGAGCAAGGGAGAACGUCGUGAUGACAGUGUAGAGAAGACCAUUGGUGAAAAGACAGAAGACAGUACGAGCUUUAGUGAAAGAUCAACCAAAGCUGAGCUCACGAAGAAGGAACCUCGUGAUGACAGUGUGGAGAAGACCAUCGGUGAAAAGGCAGAAGACAGUACAACCUUCAGUGAAAUGUCUACGAAAGCCAAACUUACGAGCAAGGGAGAACCUCGUGAUGACAGUGUGGAGAAGACCAUUGGUGAAAAGGCAGAAGACAGUACGAGCUUCAGUGAAAGAUCAGCCAAAGCUAAGCUCACGAAGAAGGAACGUCGUGAUGACAGUGUGGAGAAGUCCAUUGGUGAAAAGGCAGAAGACAGUACGAGCUUCAGUGAAAGAUCAGCCAAAGCUAAGCUCACGAAGAAGGGAGAACGUCGUGAUGACAGUGUGGAGAAGUCCACUUGGCGAAAGGCAGAAGACAGAACAAGCUUCAGUGAAAGAUCAGCCAAAGCUAAGCUCACGAAGAAGGGAGAACGUCGUGAUGACAGUGUGGAGAAGACCAUUGGUGAAAAGGCAGAAGACAGUACAAGCUUCAGUGAAAGAUCAGCCAAAGCUAAGCUCACGAAGAAGGGAGAACGUCGUGAUGACAGUGUGGAGAAGACCAUUGGUGAAAAGGCAGAAGACAGUACGAGCUUCAGUGAAAUGUCUACGAAAGCCAAACUUACGAGCAAGGGAGAACCUCGUGAUGACGGUGUGGAGAAGACCAUUGGUGAAAAGGCAGAAGACAGUACGAGCUUCAGUGAAAGAUCAGCCAAAGCUAAGCUCACGAAGAAGGGAGAACGUCGUGAUGACAGUGUGGAGAAGACCAUUGGUGAAAAGGCAGAAGACAGUACGAGCUUCAGUGAAAUGUCUACGAAAGCCAAACUUACGAGCAAGGGAGAACCUCGUGAUGACAGUGUGGAGAAGUCCAUUGGUGAAAAGGCAGAGGACAGUACGAGCUUCAGUGAAAGAUCAGCCAAAGCUAAGCUCACGAAGAAGGGAGAACGUCGUGAUGACAGUGUGGAGAAGUCCAUUGGCGAAAAGGCAGAAGACAGUACAAGCUUUAGUGAAAGAUCAGCCAAAGCUAAGCUCACGAAGAAGGAGAACGUCGUGAUGACAGUGUGGAGAAGUCCAUUGGUGAAAAGGCAGAAGACAGUACGAGCUUCAGUGAAAGAUCAGCCAAAGCUAAGCUCACGAAGAAGGAACGUCGUGAUGACAGUGUGGAGAAGACCAUUGGUGAAAAGGCAGAAGACAGUACGAGCUUCAGUGAAAGAUCAGCCAAAGCUAAGCUCACGAAGAAGGAACGUCGUGAUGACAGUGUGGAGAAGACCAUCGGUGAAAAGGCAGAAGCAUACCAAGGGAGAACGUCGUGAUGACAGUGUAGAGAAGACCAUUGGUGAAAAGACAGAAGACAGUACGAGCUUUAGUGAAAGAUCAACCAAAGCUGAGCUCACGAAGAAGGAACGUCGUGAUGACAGUGUGGAGAAGACCAUUGGUGAAAAGGCAGAAGACAGUACGAGCUUCAGUGAAAGAUCAGCCAAAGCUAAGCUCACGAAGAAGGAACGUCGUGAUGACAGUGUGGAGAAGACCAUUGGUGAAAAGGCAGAAGACAGUACGAGCUUCAGUGAAAGAUCAGCCAAAGCUAAGCUCACGAAGAAGGGAGAACGACGUGAUGACAGUGUGGAGAAGUCCAUUGGUGAAAAGGCAGAAGACAGUACGAGUUUCAGUGAAAGAUCAGCCAAAGCUAAGCUCACGAAGAAGGGAGAACGUCGUGAUGACAGUGUGGAGAAGUCCAUUGGUGAAAAGGCAGAAGACAGUACGAGCUUCAGUGAAAGAUCAGCCAAAGCUAAGCUCACGAAGAAGGGAGAACGUCGUGAUGACAGUGUGGAGAAGUCCAUUGGUGAAAAGGCAGAAGACAGUACGAGCUUCAGUGAAAGAUCAGCCAAAGCUAUGCUCACGAAGAAGGGAGAACGUCGUGAUGACAGUGUGGAGAAGUCCAUUGGUGAAAAGGCAGAAGACAGUACGAGCUUCAGUGAAAGAUCAGCCAAAGCUAAGCUCACGAAGAAGGGAGAACGUCGUGAUGACAGUGUGGAGAAGACCAUUGGUGAAAAGGCAGAAGACAGUACGAGCUUCAGUGAAAGAUCAGCCAAAGCUAAGCUCACGAAGAAGGAGAACGUCGUGAUGACAGUGUGGAGAAGACCAUUGGUGAAAAGGCAGAAGACAGUACGAGAUUUAGUGAGAGAUCAGCCAAAGCUAAGCUCAUGA